AUGGGUAUUGCAAAGAAAACCAAGAAGUUCGCGCAGAUGAAGCGCACGAUCAAAGCCCGCGACGAACGACUCAAGAAACCAGAACCGCCGAAGAAAAAGCCUGACGAGAUCGUCCGCCAUGUCCAAACCGCUCCAACAAAUCUGUUCUUCGCUGCGAACACUGCUCUCGGUCCCCCUUAUCGUGUCCUGGUCGACACCAACUUCGUCUCCCACGCUAUCCGCGCGAAGCUCGAUUUACUCCCGGCGAUGAUGGAUUUAUUGUAUGCGAAGUGUAUCCCGACGUUCACGGACUGCACGAUUGCGGAAUUAGAAAAGCUGGGUGACAAGUACCGUCUGGCGUUGAGGGUUGCAAAGGAUCCGCGCUGGGAGCGGGUCAAGUGCUCGCACAAGGGCACCUAUGCCGAUGACUGUCUCGUUGAUAGGGUAACGAAACACCGCAUCUACCUCGUCGCAACAAACGAUAAAGAUCUUUGUCGCCGACUCCGCAAGAUUCCCGGUGUGCCAAUCAUGAAAGUUGCCCGAGGAAAGUUCACAAUUGAGAAGCUGCCGGACGCUUUGGAUUAG